GCUGGAGAAACUGCUAAAAUAGAUUUGAUGCUCACUGUGAGCGGAGAUGAAGAAAAUAAUGACUUUGUAUACCAACUGAUGUGUGCAGGCCAAAUACAUGCUUCUGGUAAAACUCGCCUAUCUUCUUUCAAACGCACCAGCCAUACAACUGCCGAAGGAUCUCUGGAGUUUUCAUUGCCACAGACAUUACCAGUGUCGUCUUGCCGAUUGCUGGUGUAUUACGUGAGGAAAGAUGGUGAAGUUGUACCUGACUCUAUAAGCCUCAAAGUUCAAGGAAAACUAAGAAACCAGGUUGUAGUAMGWUUUAACAACAAACAUCGURARCCAGGAGAAARGGUUCAAAUCACAUUAAAAGCCGCCCCAGGAUCCACSGUGGUGUUGAGUGCUAUUGAUAAAUUAAGACAAGAAACUGAGGAUAUCACUGUAGACAAGGUGUUUGGCUUUCGUGAGACACUGGACGUUGGCCCGGCCAGGAAGUCGUUGAGAUKGGACACAAAAAUUAAGGAGGCAUCCAACACUUUUUAUGAUGCUGGUUUUGUGUAUUUGUCUGAUUCACCGACUUUCGCUGUUCCUGGGGGGUCGGUGGUGGACAAGGGGAUUUCGAAUAYAUGGAGUAGGUGGGGGAGACGAUUUCGACGACAAGCUCCAGGAAAUCAUCAACCUGCAGGAUUGCAAAAGCACUUGAAAACAUCCAACCAUCAACAGGACCAAGCACCUGAAACAUGGCUGUGGACAGAGGAAACUGUAAGUAAAUCAAACGGUGAAAGGAUAAUCACAGCUCGAGUCCCWGAUUCAAUCACCUCGUGGCAUCUCAGUGCUUUUGCAAUGUCGUCGACACAUGGCAUGGGCGUGGCCGAACCUUCUUCUCUCUCCGUCUCUCGACCUUUCUUCGUAUCGGUUACGGCACCUUAUGCAGUAGUUCGCGACGAAAAAGUCAGCAUUGUGACAAGAGUGUUUAGCUACAUGAAGACAUGUGCAACAGUUGUUAUACAGUUGAAGCCAACAAGCGAUUUCCAACUGAUUUCGACAAAUAAUCAAAGGCUCUGUAUUUGUUGUGACGAGGCUAAUAUCGUAAAUCACGURAUCAAACCGACUAAAGUUGGUAAAGUAUCUCUCACUGUCACAGUGAAGAACGUGGCUCCCAGUCUGUGCAAGAAUCCAUCUCAAGAGCCCUCCCUUGGGAUAUCAGAUUCWGAAACUCGAGUGCUUCGUGUUGAGGCAAGUCGCGAUCGGCUUCUGCACAGUACGCCAUAACAAACGAUCUUUGUACAACACAAGACGCUUAGUCUCCUUGACCAAAAGUCCUCAGCAGAAAUAGAUCGCCAUUGUAUCAGAGUUUUCGACGUACGUCUACUAGCUCUGAUUGCAUCAAAGUCUUAUUCAAAACCCAAUUAGACGGCACCACUUUUGCCUACGACCAUCGCAUGCGAACCUUCAUUUCAAGUCAUCCUUACUCCUUAUACGAUUACAACUUUCGUAGGGUUAUUAAUAUCUUAAAAGCAUUUGUUUUUAAUCCUUUACAACAGUUGUAGCUAUGUUAUAAGGAUGACUUGCACAGGCUGUAUGCUAUGGUUGUAGGCGAAAGUUGUGUUGUCUCAAUUGCUUUCUUUAAGCUGCUUGUUUACUAAUGYUUUAACUGUUUUGUAGAUUUCGCUAAUAUUUGAGAUUAAAAGAAAAUUAAUUAUGAA